CAGGUCUCAGGUGUUGACACUCAGCUCAGGUGAAGAUGAGUGGCGGUCAGUCGGUCAGCACUGAAGCUGCUCUCCUGGAGCUGAUGAAGAACACGGGGUAUGAUAUGAUACAGGAAAAUGGACAGAGGAGAUAUGGAGGUCCACCACCAGGGUGGGAAGGCCCUCCUCCUCCCCGAGGCUGUGAGGUAUUUGUAGGAAAAAUUCCUCGGGACAUCUACGAGGACAAGCUGGUGCCCCUGUUCGAGGUUGCGGGACGCAUAUAUGAGUUCCGCUUGAUGAUGGAAUUCAGCGGGGAGAACCGUGGCUAUGGUUUUGUUAUGUAUACCACAAGAGAAGCAGCGCAGCGAGCCAUUAGCCUCUUCAACAACUAUGAAAUCCGUCCAGGGAAGUUUAUCGGAGUUUGCGUAAGUCUGAACAACUGUCGCCUCUUCAUCGGCUCUAUCCCUAAAGAAAUGACGAAGGAGGAGAUCCAAGAAGAGAUGAUGAACGUAACAGAUGGAGUGGUGGAUGUUAUUGUGUAUCCCAGUGCCAUCGACAAAACUAAGAACCGUGGUUUUGCAUUCGUGGAGUACGAGUCACACAAAGCUGCUGCUCUGGCUCGCAGGAAUCUCGUACCAGGAACAUUCCAGUUGUGUGGUCAAACUGUUAAGGUGAACUGGGCUAAGCCAGAGAAAGAUGUUGAUGAGGAGACGAUGGAGCAUGUUCGGGUUCUCUACGUACGUAAUCUCAUGCUGCACACGACUGAGGAGACACUUCGCUUAGAGUUCAGCCAUCUGAAACCCGGUUCUGUGGAGCGUGUUAAGAAACUGACAGACUAUGCCUUUAUUCACUUCCACUGCCGUGAAGAUGCGCUCGCUGCACAACAGUCCAUGGACGGCAAACUCAUCGAUGGCUCUCCCAUCGAAGUCACGCUCGCAAAGCCGGCCAGCAAAGACACGGCUCAAAGAUACAGGUCCCGAUUUGGACAUAAUGAAACAGCACCAAUGCUCUACAGCCACUCCAACUUCCUCAUACAGAGCAAAGAAGACUCAGGGAUCAUCAAGGGCUCAGGAGUGCUAAAUGAUAUUUCUACACGUCCUCUCAGUUCCUCUUCUCAUGCAAGUAGCUCAUAUUCUGUGGGGUUAAAGCAGUGUGUGUAUCCCGGAUCCAAUCUGGUACCGAUCAGUCUGCAGAGCCUGAAGCCGAGUCAGCUGGGCUCUGCUGUGGCUCUGCUGGAAUAUUACUGCCAGAGGAACGGCUGGUCUCUGCCGGAGUAUUACCUGUACACCAUCACCAUCACUCCACCAACCUACUCCACCACAGAAGAAGUAACGCCUCUAAUCUGUAAAGUGGUGAUCAGCAGCAGGCAGAGCAGCUUCAUGUCCAGUAAAUUCUGCACUGUUCUGGAUGAAGCCAAGGAGCUUGCAGCUCACACUGCUCUACUGAACCUUGAUCUCUCAUUCAAUGGCCCAGGUUCUCCUUGCAGUUUUUCUCCUCCAGCAGUGUCCUGUCAAGCCAUACCAUACACAGCAUACCCCAUAUCUCCGAUCUCACCCCCGUUGUCCAUCACCAGUACCAGGAGCUCGCGGAUUUGUAUCCCCAAUCUAUCUCCAUUCUGACUGAACCACAGACUGUGAGGAAAAUUGUUGUUGUUGUUUUUGUUUUCAGCUCUGUCACUUGUGUUACAUGUAUUAAUGUUUUUUAUCCACAGAUUUCUCAGGUUGUUCCAGCUGUUCUGUUUCAAUGUUUUUGAAACCCUUUUUUCUUUUUGUGUAUACAUCAAGUUAAAUAUCUUAUAAAAAAAAAAAUAUCUGACUCAUUCUGUAUGAAAGG